GAGCAAUGAAAAUGAAUUGUUAGGAACGUCAAAUUUAUUAUUUCAAUGUAUGCCGUGAUAAAGAGUGAUGAUAGGUUUUUUCUGAAUUAAUUUAAUUAUUUGAGUUAAUGAAGUGAUUUAAUUAUUAAGUUUAGAAAAUAAAGUUACCAGGGUCAAGAUGCGUUUGCUCCUUCUCUCCCUGGUGCUCCUGGCCAGCACAUGUCUAGUGCGAGGGUUUGAAGACCAGAUGGAGGAUGAUGACUUUGCAGAGUUUGAGCAGUUUGAUGCUGAUGACGAGCCUGCCAUUGCUGGGAAGACUGAUUUCAGUGAUGACGUCAAAGAGGUUCCCCCUCCACCAAAGCCGAAGCCCAAGGAACAGUUCCAGCCCAGUGCAGAACAAGAAGACGAGAUCAUGGUAGAGGAUGAGGACAAUGAGUUCGAGCACUUCCACGACCCGGAGGAGUUCGAAGGGUUCCAGGAUAACGCGCCGCGCUCCGCCGAACAACCAAAGAUCACCAUAUCAAAGGUCCCAAUAAUGGUGCGCCCGCGCUGGGAUGCAUACUGGCUGGAGGGCAUGCUGUGCUGCCUGCUGGCUGCGUAUGCGCUGGCAUACGCCGUGGGCCGCGCCAAGAACACCUCUAUCGCGCACAACUUCCUCACCAUGCACAAACCACUGCUCGACGACAACUUCACGCUAGUCGGUGAGCCCGGCGCGGACGUGGUGGCAGGCAGCGACACCCGCGGCUGGAGACGAGAGGCGGAACACUGCUUCACUAUGUGGUGCAGCGGCCGACUGUGCUGUGAGGGGAUGCUGCUCACCCUGAAACUGAUCAAGCGUCAGGACCUAGUCCACGUGGUGCUAGGUCUGGCCAGGCCGACACCAGACACGUUGUUGGUGCGUGUGGAGCUCGGCCGAGAAGACGGAGACCCCUUCGUGCUCUGCGUAGCACAGAAGAAGAUCGCCACGCGACUUGCUAAGGAGAUGCAGGACUUGAGCGUGUUCUGCCCAGAGCGCCGUCCGGGCGACAAGCACGGACUGCCGCCCGCUCUGUCCGUGCUCUCCGAAGCAGCGGAGGCCACCGCCGCCAUCUUGGACACGCGCGUCACCUCAGCCCUUACACAGUACCACAAACACAUACAGUACAUUCACAUCUCUGACCGGUACUGCGGACCUAAACAGAUUGAAGAGACAGCGUCAACGAAGCCCCCGGAGACUGAACGCGUGCUACUAGCGAGCUUAGCACUCGGCCCCGACGGCGGGGGCAGCGAGGUCCGGCCUCUACUGCAGCUGGUCUUCCACCUCAUUGACAAGAUUAAGAGGCUGCGGCUCAGCAAGGAGGCAUUGGCCAAGUGUGAGAAACGCCGUCAGAAGGUGGCGGAGGCGUGGAUGCGGGGCGCACACGCCGCCAGACAAGAGCAGGCUGCGCAGCGACGCGAGGAGAAGAGGAAGCAAGAGAAGGAGAGGAUCUUAGCGGAGGACGACCCGGAGAAGCAGCGUCGAUGGGAACUGAAAGAGCAGAAGCGACAACAGAAACGCAAAACUCCCAAGAUGAAACAGCUGAAGGUGAAAGCGCUGUAGCCUGCAACUGUCACAAUGCAAUAUUAUUUACUACGGAUUUUGUUAUUUAUCCUAAGUGUUAGUAUACUCAGCUUACGAAUAAAUGAAUUUUAAGUUACCUUA